GGGUGGUGUUUGGUAAGGGGGAGUGAACGAUUGAGGAGAAUGAUCUUGGCGAACCUGGCCCUUUAAAUUGCACAUACACCGUACUCGGAGCAGAAGAAUUCUACGCCUUACCAGAGUCACAUAUAUCAGCUCUCAGCUUUCCCUUCUGGUUGCUGCUUCAUAACUGAUGGCCGAGAAUGUCGACGACUAAUAAUAUAGCCCAGGCAAGGAAGCUGGUGGAGCAACUGAGGAUCGAGGCAGGCAUCGAACGCAUAAAGGUGUCGAAGGCUGCUGCUGACCUGAUGAGCUACUGUGAGCAGCACGCCCGCAAUGACCCACUGCUGGUAGGGGUGCCCACCUCGGAGAACCCUUUCAAAGACAAGAAGCCCUGCAUCAUCCUAUAGCCACACCUCGACGCUCUGUUGUCCCUCUCGGAUCUACAUGCCCAGUUACAGUCAGUGGGCACAAUUCAAAACACCACUUUUUACUUGGGGGAGAAAACACACACUCUGAAAAAAAAAUCCCUAAAAUGUCACACUCUCUUGAUCAAGGUGAAUGGGCAAUAACGGCAUCAGCAUUGAGCAGCCCCGUGGUCGAGUGUGUCUCUGUGAAUGAAUGUUUGCAUACGUGCCGAAUACCUCUGGCCACAAUCUACAGCGCAUUCAUUCACAGAGAUGUACUUAACAGGGGGAUGGCAGAUUUUAGAAUCUCUCAGUUUUUAAGAAAGCUAAACCUUUCAGAAAAAAUAAUAUAGCGACUGAGCGAUAUAGCGCAUGUUCUCCAGUCCAGAGUUGGGUGAUGGACCGGUUUAGUGACGAGGGCUGAUGAUGGUGGUUGAUGGUGUGAGUAGAGGAGCAUGGGUUGAGGAGAUGCAGUUACAGCACGUGCUGGCAGAAUAUGCUGACUGUCUAGCUGGCUAGCCCAGUCACACUGUGGUUAUGGUUUUUCAGCGUUAACAAUUAGCUGUGUUAUUUUUUGAAAGUGGCUACCUGUACAUUUGUCAGGCCAACAUAAGAAGAAAAUAUUGCAGACUUGCUCACCUUUUACGGCGACAGCACAUUUUAUGAUUUUCAAAGGGAUACAAAACUUAGGGCAGAGAUAUCAUUAUUUUUGCCAAUAUUUUUACAGUGUUUAAAAUCAAGUAAUUACUUGAAACCUUUUGAAAUUGGAUCUACUCGAGUAUAAACUUGAUAUGUGCAUUUUGUUUUGUUUUGUUUUACUAAUCUUGGAAAGAUAAAUUAGAUGAUACAAUGAAAGCACUAUAAAGAAAACAAAGUAGCCGUUUUCCAUGAUAGUAAGUGGUAUGAAAGUAGUCAUUAGUGUGCCCACCAUUUACUUGAAGCAUAAAGGUUUUCAGCUUAUGCAGAUAUGAUGACCGAAGGGAGAGCAGUGAGACCUGUAAUGCAUAGUUUAAGAAAUAUAUAACCAGUGGAUAUUUCUCAGUGCGUUCUGAGGCAGAAAGCAUAUUGUAUGUACCAGAUGCCAACAAAAGAACAAGUGACAGAAAAAUAGGCAAGGGUUGUUCUUCUCUAAAACCAAACUUGAUUGUAAAAUCCAUGAAGAAAAAAAAAGAAAGAAAACAAUGUAUAAACUUUCUUUCAAAGUGUUACCUUUGAGAUUAGCUGUUUGGAUUUGUUUGGUGAAAUUUCUUCUUUCUAUGGACUAUAUGGAAUCUGAGUCAUUGAGUAUGAUGCUGUACAGUGUUUGAUAACUAAAACGCAUUCAUUUUCUGUGGAUGUUUUAUCUUUUGUAAUUUUUUGUGUAAUAUUUUUGUUUUUCAUCAUCGACCAUGUUUCACAGUUAUGUUCGCUGUUGGACAGGGAAGACAUCUGGAUUAGCUCUGUCAGUGGAAAGACUAGGUUGCCAAGUUCACAUAUGCCCAUGCCCAACUGCUUAGUGGUCAGAGAUUCCCAUUCAGUAAACCGAAAGGAGGAUACACUUGAUCCACAGACCUUUGCAGACUAAAGCAAAUAGAACAUCGGCAUGUAUACUAAGUGCAUGAUGGGAUUGAAUCGGCCUCCAGAUUCUUGUCCAGUGCCCUUUUGAGUGGGGGUGCGGUAUACCAUGGUCCUGUCGCUAAUGGUGUCAGGGACAGGACACCUUGUUCCACAGCAAGACUGAGGUCUGGUUUUAUCGUUCAAG